UUAACCUAAGACACUUCUGACCAAUGAGAGCGCUAUUUAUGGGGACCGUUAAAAAGAAAAAGUUGUCGACUUCUUCCUUGUGACCAUCUAUUUUUUGGUGUCGUCAACAAAUUCAGCUUGAAGACAAAAUAUGGCUGCUGAAUGCACAAAAGUUGACGACUGUUCGUGCAGGACAUUGGAUGGCCAGGAAGUCAACAUUCGGUCACUGGGCUAUCAAGGAUCCCAAGCGCCAAGGUUUACAUUCCAGCCUCCACAGGGUACAGCGGAGCCAUGGCAGUAUGCUUUUAAUCCAUGCUAUACAUUCACGUAUGACACAACGUGCAGUAAUGUCAUUGCUUGUCAAAGAUCAACUCAAAACCCAACAGAAACUUACAAUAUUGGAGAUGUGAUAUCAACGUGGAGUAUUUUAAAUGAGGACUAUUUAGUCUCAUAUUCACACUUGGACAACCUUGGUACAACAAGAACAUCUCAAGUAACACUGAAGUGUGACCCAUCUGCAGAAGAACCUACAUUAGACAGACUAGGCACAGAGGGUGGAUUUGGCACAACUUAUUUUUUUACACUUACAAGUAAAUGCGCCUGUCCAGGAGUCUGUGGUUCUAUGCCCCCUCAAACAACGGCCAAACCACCGCAGCCACCAGGGUCUGGUGGACUUAGUCCAGGCUCGGUUCUCUGCAUCUUGUUUACGGUGUUUGUUACUGUGUACAUCAUAGGUGGUGCAUUGUUCAUGAAAUAUGUACGCCAUGCUGAAGGAACAGACGUUAUUCCAAAUAAAGAAUUAUGGACUAAUCUACCAGGAUACAUCAAGGACGGAAUACUGUUUGUAACCAGUUGUGGCAAGAAGACCGGCUACAACUCUCAAUCAUAACGGAAUUAAAUCAAGUGUUUAAUAAUAUAUUAUUAAAAUAAUAGAACAUUAUAUAAUGAAUAAAUCUUAUUAAAAAUAAACAUAUUGAUAUUAAGUUAUAUUUAAAGUGUUACUUUAUGUUUAUACUAUCCAAGCUGUGGCAUUAUUCUCAAUCGAUGUGAGAUUUAUAUGAUGUAUUCUCAAUCGAUGUGAUAUCUCAAUACUGAUAUGUAGGAGUGGUUGAAAGCAUUGGGCGUUUUUAUAUGAAGUCUUGCCCGACAUUUCUUGCUUCUGACACACCGUCAUAUCCACUUAAUUUGCAACCGUUGACACAGAACAUAAAACCAUCCUGCAACGAAAAAGUAUACACACAGAAAAUAAAGCAAAAGUAUUUGCCCUUCGCCCAUAAUUGCUCUGAAACUAUUUUUACUUGUACUUUUUGGCCUGCUUGGCCGCCAGUGCAGUUAAUAAAUAAAUAAACCAACUCUUACAAUGUUGAUAGAAGUAUUUCAGAGUUAUUUUCUACCCGUAUUUCUAUUAGGGAUUAUUCUUCCUGCGUGAUGGAUGAUAUUCGAUCCAGAUUUUCAGCGACAUCUAAAAAAAAACACUACGAUUGUAAUAUCCACAUUUAUAUACAAUUGAAACAUUUGAACAGUUCUAGAAAACAAAAGGUUUAUUUUGCCUUAU